AUGAAGGCUGGCUUGGGAGUAUCUGCAUUGGCUGCAUUGGCUGGGCUGGCUUUGGGUCAGAAUGCCAUCACUGAAAACAGCGGCAACUUCACCCUCACCGCCGAUGGCAUGUCGUACCUCUUCCACGUCGACCAGGCAUCCGGCGACCUCUUCUCCGAUCACUUUGGCGGCCCUUCGACCGACUUCACGCCCCCAGCCCAGAUCUACCAAGGCGGCUGGUCUGACGGCCUCACCAACGUCAGACGAGAGUUCCCAGAUGUUGGUCGCAGCGACUUCCGCCUGCCAGCUAUCCAUAUCCAGCAUGCAGACGGCAAUACAGUAUCCGCAUUCGCCUACCAAUCUCACGAAAUCCUGCAAGGAAAGCCCUCUCUGCCCGGCCUUCCAGCCACUUACGGUGAAGAUGCAGACGUCUCGACUGUGCAGGUGACAUUGUACGACAACUACUCCGACGUCACGGCUGUGCUGUCCUACUCCGUCUUCCCCAAGUACAACGCCGUUGCCAGGAGUUUCCAACUCCACAACAACGGCUCCGACGAGAUUGUCAUUGAGCGAGCCUACAGCUUCAGCGCCGAUCUGCCAAACCUCGAUCUCGAGAUGAUUGAGCUGCAGGGCGACUGGGCGGCGGAGAUGAAUCGUGUCAAGCGGAAGGUCCAAUACGGCGAGACCGGUUUCCGAAGCACUGAGGGAUAUUCUUCCCACAUCCACAACCCAUUCUUUGCACUCGUAUCGCCAACCACCACGGAGACGACCGGCGAGGCUUGGGGUUUCAAUUUGGUCUAUACGGGAAGUUUUGCGGCUACUGCUGAACGGUUCUCGCAUGGGUUUAUUCGAGUUCUGCUGGGAUUGAAUCCUCUCCACAGCAGCCUCCACCUGGCUCCAGGGGAUACCUUCACCUCGCCAGAAGCUGUUGCCGUUUACUCUUCUGAAGGUCUGGGAGGCAUGUCCCGGUCAUUCCACAACUUGUACAAGAACCAUCUUUCGAGAGGCGUGCAGACCAAGCAGACCCGCCCAAUCCUGCUCAACUCGUGGGAAGGUCUUGGAUUCGACUACAACGAGUCCUCCCUCGUCACUCUUGCAGGCGAAGCGGAGGCACUUGGCAUCGAGCUGUUCGUCAAUGACGACGGCUGGUUCGGCACUGAAUAUCCUCGUGACAACGACACCAUGGGCCUGGGUGACUGGACGCCCAAUCCAGCCAAGUUCCCGGAUGGUCUCGGCCCUUACGUUAACGACGUCAAUAACUACACUGUGCUCAACUCGACCAGCAAGCUGCAGUUCGGUCUGUGGAUGGAGCCUGAGAUGGUGAACCCCAACUCGACUCUUUACCACGAGCACCCCGACUGGGUCUUGCAUUCCGGCCAGCAUGUGCGGACGCUAACCCGCAACCAACUCGUUCUCAACCUGGCUCUGCCCGAAGUCCAAGAGUUCGUCCUCUCGACGGUCCACCGCAUUCUUGACUCGGCCAAUAUCCAAUACAUCAAAUGGGACAACAACAGAGGUAUCCACGAGAUGCCCAGCCCCGCCACCGACCACGCAUACAUCCUCGGCCUGUACCGCAUCAUCGACAACUUGACCACCACCUACCCUGACGUCCUCUGGGAAGGCUGCGCCUCAGGAGGCGGCCGCUUCGACGCCGGUCUCCUGCACUACUGGCCCCAAAGCUGGGCGUCCGACGACACCGACGCCUCAAACCGCUUGACCAUCCAACUCGGCACCUCCCUGGCCUACCCACCCUCCGCCAUGGGCUGCCACGUCUCCGCCGUCCCCAACGGCAUCACGAACCGCAACAUCUCCAUCACCUACCGCGCCCACGUCGCCGAAAUGUGCGGCUCCUUCGGCUUCGAGCUCAACCCCUCCGAACUCUCCGCGGAAGAAAGCGCCGCGAUCCCCUCCAUCAUGGCCGAAGCGCACAAAGUCAACCCCAUCGUCAUCACGGGCGACUUCUACCGCCUCGCCCUGCCGGACGAAACCAACUGGCCCGCCGCGCAGUUCAUCUCCAACGACACCAACACCGCCGCGGUGUUUGCGUUCCAGCAGAAGGCGACGGUGAAACCCGCCGCGCCGCCCCUGCGACUCCAGGGACUGGAUCCCCAGGCGAGGUAUUGGAAUAGUGUGGAUAAUGUCACGUAUAGCGGGGCGACGUAUGCGAAUGCGGGGAUUAAUCUGCCGUGGGCGACGGCGGAUUAUCAGAGUAUGUUGGUUUGGUUGUAUAAGCAGUGA